GAUCUCUAUGCCUUAAUCAGAUGAAAACUAAAUUCUGCUUUAAUUCUAAUGAAAAUAGUAUUCCCCCAUCUCUGUAGACCAUUCAAUAAUCCCUCAGAUUUUACAUUCAUUUACCUCUGCUACUUUUACAAGUUCCAAAAAUGAUUAGAGUAUCAAGUCCCCUUCAACUACUUGUACAUUAUUCAUGUAAUAAUCCCAGUCCAACUAUUAGCUGAUUUUUCAUUCUAUCUUGAUCUUACAUAGAUCUGUGUUGUUUUUUUGGUUAGUUACUGAUCUCAAAUUGUCGAUCUUAGAAUGGUGUAUGAUAUUAGCAGAGAUAUCUUAACAUUGGAUUAGGAAUCAAUCAGACAUUGGUAUAAAAUAUAUAUUGCCAUUUUUGUUUACAUAUAUGAUUAUAGGGUAUUACUCCUUAUUAGAUCAUAGUGCUAGCUAGAUCGAUCAUUUACAAAUUAAAUAGCCUCAAAAAAUGAAGCAUGAAACACAUCAAAAUCAGAUUAUCUCAGCAAAACUAUUCAAUUCUCAAAGGUAUAUCCAUAGCUUUAUUGUCUAUUUCCUUUUCUUUGGCUCUGGACUGGUUAUAGGAAUAUCCUUAAGCUUCUAUCUCAAAGAUGUUCCAAUGACAUUAAAGAAAAAAUUAUUUGACGUCGAACCAUCUCCCCCUCUUAUAGUAACACCAAAAUCACAUCCUCCGCCAUCUCCUCCAUUAAAUUUGGCUAUGCAUCAGCAGCAACGCGCAGUGCAUAAUAAUAAUGAUCGUCGCGGCGUCGACACCAAUAAGAGGAAAAGGGGUGCUUCUGGUAGAAUAGGACUAACAGAUUAUAUUAAGCCUCCAGAAGCCAUGCAUGACAUGAAGGAUGAAGAGUUAAUAUGGAGAGCUUCAAUGGUUCCCAAAGUUAGGAAAUUCCCAUACAAUCGUACCCCAAAGGUUGCAUUUAUGUUUCUUGCCAGAGGAAGUUUGCCAUUGGCUCCUCUUUGGGAACGAUUCUUUAAAGGACAUGAAGGGCGUUACUCAAUUUACAUUCAUUCCCAACCAUCUUUCAGAGGGGAUGCACCUGAAGAAGGACCAAUUUUUCAUGGCCGAAGAGUACCAAGUAAGAGAGUAGAUUGGGGAGAAUUCAGCAUGGUUGACGCAGAACGGAGGCUACUAGCCAAUGCGUUACUUGACAUGUCAAAUGAGCGUUUUGUGCUUCUUUCAGAGGCUUGUAUCCCCUUAUAUAAUUUCACAACAAUCUACACCUACAUCAUGAACUCCACAAAAACCUUUGUGGAAUCCUAUGAUGAAUGGGGCCCCGUUGGACGGGGCCGCUACAAUAGCCAAAUGACACCAUGGGUGACAAUUGAGCAAUGGAGAAAAGGGUCCCAGUGGUUUGAGCUCGAUCGGGAGAUCGCCGUCGACGUGAUCACCGACCAGAAGUAUUUCAAUUUGUUCAAAGAAUUUUGCAGGCCAGCAUGCUACUCCGAUGAGCAUUACUUACCAACUUUUGUCACCAUGAGGUAUUGGUGGAAAAAUGGUAACAGGACGUUGACUUGGGUUGACUGGACAAAAGGUGGACCCCAUCCUACAAAGUUUGCUAGGACUGAGGUGACUAAAGAGUUGUUACACCGGAUGAGAAGUGGAAUUCAGUGUGAAUAUAAUGGUGAGCCAACAAGUAUGUGCUACCUUUUUGCAAGAAAGUUCUUGCCUAGCACAUUGGAUAGGCUUUUGAAAUUUGCUCCUAAGCUCAUGAUGUUCGGUUGAUUCUGUAUUUUAUCACAUCCAUAUGUUCGGACUUGUGCCUAAACGAAGGGUCAAAUGAUUGCACAGCGAAUUUUGACCUUUCGUUUGAUUUAUUUCUCAAAAAUUAAUUUAGACAGACGCACAAUUUUUCA